UAUUUUUCAGCCCAAAAAGGACUCAAUGUAUUUUUCGAUUCCAUAAAAUUCAAAAACUAUGGAUUCUCAAAUGUAGCUCGACAAAGAAGUUCAAUAUCAGCAAAAGCGUCUAACUCGAUUAUUCCUUACUUUCCAGAUAAUAUAUACUUUUCAAAUACUUCUUUCUAAAAGUAAAAAAGACAAAAAUGACUCAAAAGCUGCAAAACUUUUCGAAUAAGAGAAGUUUGCUCAUUACUCGCAGUACUUAGUUCACCGACUACCACCAAAAAUAAAGGUCAAGCUCAAAUAGAUGAAUCGAACCUCAGAAAGCGUGGAACCUACUCCUUCAGAUAAAAAUAGUACCCAUUGGAGUCGUGAAUGGGUGCCUGUAGUCGUAGAAACCUCCUCUGCUGAAAACGAUGUGGACAAUGAAGAUGACGAUAAUUCAAAGUUACAACGGGUCUUUAUGGUAAAACGAUGGGUUCCCAAAAAUCAACAAAAUAAUGAGAAAAAAGACAGUAGUCCUUCAAAAGGUCAAUGAGCAAUCUUUCAUAUAUCUUACAGCAAAAAGCUCUAGAGUUGCAAGGUCACUUGACCUUUAGGAUGAACAAUGGCAUGUGUUUCAGUAACCUCAUAUAGAACCUCUUUGUCAUCAUCCUCAGGUAGUUCAUUCGCGCUUCGUUUCAAAAAGUGGUUAGGUCCUUUUGUAACCCUCAUGAAUCCAGUAAUUCGACGAGCAUUUCCACUUGUUAAUGGUCGACACGAAAUGCAUCUGGUAGCUAGAUGACCUAUACUUUUAGCAAAGGAUAUUUGGCGAGGUAGGGGUGCUCCAACCGAAACGUUGAUCACAGCCCGACCUGAUGUCAUUUGCAACUCAAAGACAGCUUCUUGUAAUUGAGUUGCCUGUAGAGAAUUCGUUGAUAAAAGUACAUCAAUAUCUUCAAUUAUAAGAAUAGAAUUGUUUGUAUUAAACUCAUUUUGCUGUAAGCAGGCUAUAAUAGGCGCAAACAACUGUUUGGGAUUGUUUUUCACCUCGUUGGCCUGAACUUUACUUGGAAUAACAGCAGGAGCAAACAACAUGCUAUAUCCAUCAACAUAGAAAAAAUUCGGCUUCGUCCUUACGUCCGUUCCCUAUGCCUAAGGUUAGUAUGACAAAUUUUUUGCUACUCAAAAUUACUUGCCCAUUUUCGAAGAGCAUUGGUAUGUUCAUCUAUUGUUUUACUAAAUGAAACAAAGCAAACUUUCAGAUGUUCACGAAUGCAAUGAUGAAGAUAGUAGUGAAUCAAAAAGGUUACUGGUGUUUCUCUUGUUCCUACCAGUAACGUCAAGGAAAAAGGCUCAGGAAUUGGUGGAAUGUGCUGCGCAAUCGAAGUCAUAUGAGCUCGUCUUUGUUUUUCUUAGCUAUUCGUAUCAAGUACUAAAUUUCCACUAGCCGAGAGGAAAUAUACAGUGAGUGGUAGAUGGCAGUAAUGUAGGUAGUAAGUAGUACAUGACUAG